GCAUGCGGCGCGGUUUAAAGGACGCGCAUCUUAUCGACUGAUGAUUCACCAUUUGUUCACGAUUCUUACCCAAAAUCAUAUUUUCUCAUUGCGAUUCGUUUCUCUCGUAUUCGUGCAACUUCUUACUUUUACGUGUUUUGCUCUGAUUUUUCAGUCUGUCCUCAUUUAUCAUUGUCUCAUUCAACCUUUAUAGCUUUACCGUGUGUUUUAUUUCGUAUAUAGUUGCCAAUAUUCUCAUUUUCACUGAUGUUUGAUUUUUAUAGGAUUUUCGUAUUUGCGUGGGUGGAUUGCGUCAUCAACACUCAUCAACAAUACUUGAUCCUGUCCCACAUCUCCGACUUUCCCAGCUUCAUCCGCAAGUCCAGUUUUUGUUUUUGUUUUUGUUUGUGUAUUGUUUUUCUAAUUUGUUUGUUGUUUUGUUUUGUUUUUAACAUUUUGAUUUUGUUGUUGUUCGUUGUUUGUUGUCGG